CGCCGAGUCGGUCCUUUAUCGUCCUGCAGCGUCGCUGCUUACUGCAUAUCCACCGCAGGUUCCGCUCGCCAGAUCUGAACCAGGCGUGCAGUUUUCUUUUAUUCGACAGCGGUGCAGUUCCAAGUCUCGGCCGCAUCCGCAUUGCCCUCGACCACACAGGCCAUCCCGUUUCUCCAGCCAGUCCGGCCGCGCUUGCCAGAGUCGCAAGUUGCUCCCAUCGCUUGUUCGGCCCCUCGUCUCAUCAAUCGAUUCCUGUCCUUGAUCCUCUGAUCCUUAAACCCUGCUCUUGCAUCUAAUCCGCUGCGGCUCCCAUCCACCCCAUGUCUUAUGUCACAAAGCGAUGUCCUCGCUGCCGAGGCAAUGGCCGAAUCCAUCCCGUCGAUACUACUUUUGAGUGUACGUUUUUGCCGACGUGUCCGCACUGCGUCAAAUGCAACAACUGCAUCAACGGCCGGAUCGUCGGUGGAGGUGACAGCGAUUCACCGACUCGGCCCGUCUCUGUCCGGUCGCCCUCGAGACCCGUAAGCAACUUCAUCCCGACCGAUUCGCCUGGCCAGGCCCCAAUUGCAAGCAGCAAUCCGGGCGUGGCUGCCACCAGCCCUGGUCCUGCUGCCGUGCCGGCCGAAUCAUCCGCAAACCCUUUGAUAUCGGCCCCUCCGAGCUUAAGCCUGCUGCCAGAGGCGCCCGUUCUGCUCCCGAAAGCACCAUCCAAGGACAAAACCCCGGUCGAGAUCGAUUUCCGGUCGGCCCUGGCUCGUAAACGCAGGGACCGUGAAAAGUCGGGCCAGUCGCAAGCAGACGACCCCAGGGCAUUUCCUCACGACGAGCCGAGCCAGCUUUCGGCCUCUCCCGCACCUGCGUCGACCGAUACCUCGGCCGCAGAGGCCAGCUCGUCCCGGGCCGGGUCUGUCUCUGUGUCUGAAUCUCCUGGCUCGUCCUCAGCGAUCCCAAGCCAUGUGCGGGUCGCGAUGCCACGAUCGUCCUCUCGCCGGAGUAUCGACGAAGGGCUAUCGACCCUCAACCAGGAGCAGGAACGGCUGAAUCGGUUUGUAGCUGAAGAACUGGCGACCCCGGUUCAGGCCAAAUUGGCUGCCUCGCCCGGUCCCCAAUGCGCCUUGCCUCCGACCGAAGCGCCUGCUGAGACUCCAACCCCGACCACAACUCGUGCGCCUGCAAGUGGCUCCGAGCCCUCGGGCCAGACGGAGCUCGUAUCAGUCAAGCACGACGAUGCCGAGCCCUCCAAGAGUCCCUCACAGAUCGAAGCAGAGGCAGACGCUAUCAAAUCGCAGGCCAGCACAACCGCUCCGGCGCCUUCCAUCCGAUGCUCGCCAGAUAUGAUUGCGACUGUUGAAACUGCUGAUACCGCUGAUACCGUCGCUAUUGCCAGUGUACCAACCGCUCCGGAUCAAUUCAUUGCCAUUGCAGCGCCAGUGGUUUCGCCCAACGCUAUCGCACUCGCAGACAUCAUGCCCCCAUUCGAAAUCACACCAAUCGAAGUCGCUGUCACAGUUGAUGUUGUGAUGGCCAGCCCUCGUCACUCAAACGCAUCCAGCACCCUUGCUGCCUUGAUUCCACCCUCACUGCUAGCUCGCCGACAGAGCAGCAUCAAGGACCGCAUCGGCGACUUGGUCAUGUCGGGGCUAUCGCCAUCAAACAUCUCACCGCCCGGUGCCCAGUCAAACACCCACUACCGCUCGAUCGAGGCGCUGCAUGACACAGCCCUGACCUCGAAGCACAAGUCUGUCUUUGAGGAAGUGCCGGGAGAUCCACAGCUGGCCAACAAGCAGGCUGCUGAGGUGCCGGGCGCGCAGCACGAUCCGAGUAUCGAGAGAUCAAGUGUGCAUCAAGACAAACCAAGCCCCGAGAGGCCCAGCAUCCACCCCGACAAGCCCAUCUCGGGCCUCAAAAAGCACUUGAGUCUAUCCCACAUGGCCGCCUUUUCGCACGAGCCUACAGCAACGGGUGUCUCUCCCCCUGGCUCUGCAGCCUCUGCAGUCUCUGCAUCGAUGCGGCGCCGGAGCGGCGAGCUGUCCUCGACCCCAGUUUCGCCAGAGGUCGGCACCGGUACCGGUACUGUCGGCGUCAAAAAGUCCACCAAAGACUUUUUAGGGUUCGGUACGCGGCACGCCAAACGGCCGGACGAAUCCAUGCGGCUCCGGACUGGCAUGAGCACCUCUCAUGGUGACAUAUCCAAGUUGGUGGCGUCGACGACAAGCACCAUCCCGCUGUCACCCACCCGCAGCAUCUCGACGAAUGCAGGAACCCCGUCAAUACCUGGCCCCCAGAUUACGACGAUCCCCUUGGCAACGGGCGACUCGUCUACUGCCAUCGGCCUGCGCAAAGGCCGAAAGGGGCAGUAUUCGACCCAGAGCAUCAACUCACUCAACUCGGGCGCGGCAUCGGGAGCGGCCUCGACUGCGAGCAUGGCAAGUGGCCAGUCCAACGGUAGCAUCAAUGGUGAUGCACCGGCAGUGCCGAUCAAAAAGGCUUUCAAGAACUUCCGCGAGUGGCACUCGAGCUUGGUUCUUGACUCUGCACAUCGACCAGAGCAGGAAGAAUACACCUUUCCUGUUAAUAUUAUGCUCAAGACGCUGUUUGGAACAAAGACAUCGCACGAUCCAGCCGAUCGCAUGUCCUGGGCAGCCCGAUGCGUCCACACUUCUCGCCAGGCCGGACUCUGGGGCCAGCAGCAACAGGACGCCAUAUCACCUGGCACGGGGCUAUCCGAGCUUGAUGCCAAUCCGGAGGCCGAGAUCCGCUAUCGUGUGCUCGAUAUCUUCCAGGACGGCAAGCUCGACAAGAUCAAAUACGAAGAGAUGGAUGGGCUGCUCUAUGUCAGCAGCGGCACGGCAUAUGCCUUGUUGGAUGCGCUGAUCUUUCCUCUGUCGCAAGAUAUGGGAUAUUCUGAGGUCUUUUUGGCCUCGUAUCGCUUCUUCAUGUCUCCUCGGACGCUACUCAACUCGCUUGUCGAAUGGUACAACGUUGACCUCGACGAGGACGCAAGCUCGUCGCAGCACCAGUUCCUGAAAAAAAAUCGCCGUCAAAUCCAGGGACGAGUCGCCAAGAUCCUGCUUCACUGGAUCAAGAAGUUCUGGCACGAUUUCACCACCUCCAAGAUCCUUCUGAGGGAGCUGACGAUCCUUGUCGACCAGAUCUCGCAGACAUCCUUUGGAGAUGGACAGAAGAUCACACAGGCGAUUCGCGAGCAGAGAUUGGCUUGGUUCACGGCGCAGUAUAUCGCCCCCUUUCCGAUGAAGCCCAGCGGCCCAUCCAGCGGGAACAUGCCCCUGAUCAGCGAUUCCCAGAGCGCGCGGCAGUACAUUGCCAACCUGGAGCCUGAAGACCUGGCCCUGAACCUCACUACCAUCGAGCGCUUCUACUUUGGCCAAGUGACGCCGUCAGCCUAUCUCCACGUACUUCACCGACCUGUUCCGCAAGCUGGCGCGGGAUUGGAUCCAUCGCUCCGGGUCCUGGUGGAUUAUAUCACCUGGUUCAGCUCCGUCUCGACGCUUGUGUCCAACUAUGUGGGUCUCGAAGAUGGGUCCAAGAAACGCGGCAAGGCCAUCAAAAAGUUUAUCAAAACAGCAAAGGAAUGCAAGAAACUCCAAAACUACAACACGAUCUUUGCCAUCAUCCAUGGCCUCAAGCGCCCGUGGAUCGUAAAGCUCUCGGGUGCAUGGGAGUCGCUGUCGACCAAGCAUCUGGAUACCUUCCGGGACCUGGACUCGCUUAUGGAUCCAACGCGUGGAUUCCACAACUACUGGCUGGAGCUUGGAAGCGCCAAGGUCCCUCUUGUGCCGUGCUUUGCGCUGCAUAUGCACGAGCUGAUCGAUGCGUUCGAGGAGCACUUGACCUACGAAGAACCCCAGUCGCCUGCCGCCCCAGUAACACCGUCAUCACUCGGAACCCCGGCCUCAUCGAUCGCGCCGGACUCGCUGACGGACGACCGCGAUUUGAUUCGCAUCCUGAACUUUAACAAGUUCUAUGUCAUGUACGAGAUCAUCACGGACCUCGAAAUUUAUCGCAACACAGCCUAUCCGAAAUUGACGGACUCGGAUGUUGCCGGACUGGUGCUGGCAUGUGUGCGCGAGCUGUCUGCGGCGGAGGUGUUUGGACCGGCUGGAGAAGACCCGACGCUGUCGGCCAGCCACAAAUCAGCGCUUAAAUCAGGCAGCAUCAAUCUGAAGGAAAAGAAGCGGGAAUCGGCGACUACAGCAUUUCCAAAAUGAAAUGGGACACCCCGUUUUUGACCAGGACAGUGUUUUUUUCUGGAAUAUGAAUACACACCCACUCAUCGCAUUCAUGGC